AUGUCUGCCGUUCUGAAAGCAUUCAAUUUACAUAAAUUAAAGCAAAAGAUUUCUUUCUCAACGAGAACUUGCAUUAAUCAUCCUCGGAAAGCUGUUACUGAAGAGGAAAACAUUGUUUUGACUGUCAAUAUUCCCCACGAGUACCUAGAACAAUUGUAUGACUUGAAGCAAGAUGAUGGCAAGUUAACUGGCCUGUCGUACGUCGAAGUUUUAAAUGCAUUUAUAUCGCAGAAUGCCUUGGAGAUAAAGCUAGACUGCGAAAGAAUUAAUAGUAUAAUACGUAGAUAUUGUGGGGAGAUAAAAACCAAAAGCAAAAGGUUGCGAGGCCGUGUAAGAACAGAGUACUUGGCGAAAUCAAAAUGCAUUUCUGUUUACGAGAAGGAAAUUGCCAGGGUGUCUGAGGCGAAGAAUGAGCUAGAAAGUGCAAAGGCAGUUUGUGAUACCUAA